AUGCAGAGCAACUACUCCCUGAUCAUCACCACCAGAGAAACUCUCCAAGUCCUCUAUACAACACUGACAAACUCAUCGGCUGCAUUGCGCUCGCCCCCUCCCUGCCCACUUACCUCUUCAGAUUAUCAGUUUUCACUAAUUCCAGCACUCUUCUCUGUGGUUUUUGUUUUGGGGUUGGUGGGCAACAGUGUGGUGGUUGUGGUGCUUUGUCGUCACAGUGGCCCCAGAACAGUUGCUAAUAUCUACAUUUUCAACCUCGCCAUGGCGGAUUUGCUGUGCCUCGCCACCCUUCCCUUCUGGGCUACCUACUAUGCGCAGGGGUACAACUGGCUCUUUGGGUCUCUCAUGUGCAAAAUCUCCAGUUCCGUCCUGUGCUUGAACAUGUUUGCAAGUAUAUUUUUCAUUACAUGCAUGAGCAUGGAUCGGUACCACGCUAUUGUCCAUCCUAUUCGCUCUCAAAGAAGAACUCCACAACAAGCUUAUUUUAUAGCAUUGGUUGUGUGGGGCCUUGCCUGUUUGUCCUCCCUCCCAACUUUUUAUUUCCGUGACACUCACUACAUUGAAAGCUUGGGGGUCAAUGCUUGCAUUAUGGCCUUUCCUCAUGAGAAUUAUGCAAAAUGGUCUGUGGCAACAGCCUUCCUGAAAAAUGCACUCGGCUUCUUCAUCCCCUUGACAGUGAUCACCACGUGCUACAUCUGGAUCAGGAGGCACUUGCUCAAAGCACAGGAGUUUGGGAAAAACAAGCAGAAGAGGGACAAAGUCCUAAAGCUGGUGGCUGCUGUUGUUAUGGCCUUCUUAAUUUGCUGGCUCCCAUUCCACAUUUUAACGUUUUUGGAUGCCUUGGCUCAUAUGAACGUCAUUAACAACUGUGAUGUGACAGGGAUCAUCGACACAGCGCUGCCAUUCGGCAUCUGCAUGGCAUUUGCCAACAGCUGCAUCAACCCUUUGCUGUACUGCUUUAUUGGGAACCAGUUCCAGGAGAAGCUCCAUCGCUUGUUUAAGAGAAGAGUUUAUCAGUUCAACAGCCAUCAAGAGAGCUCUUCUUUGAGGAAAGGAAGCUGCUUCAGAGAUGCUGAGACCGCCGUGGGCAGGGAAGAGGGGCCCGAGUCCUUGCUUGGUCAGCCGAUAGCCUUGCUGUUUGGCAGAGCAUCCAGUGAGAGUAGAAAAAAUGUAGCAACUACCACUGUCUCUGGAGAAAACGAAGCACUUCAUCUGUAG